ACUUAAAAGCAUAUUAAGAUGUAUCAUUCACGUAUGCGUGGGAUAUAGAUAUUCAUAGUUUUCGGUCUUAUCUGCUCUGUCAUCAGUUCAUCCUCUGUUUUGAAUCUUUCGCUCCACCACAUCCGCAAGUCCUAUCUGAUAUACCCAACUAAAACGCGUUUUUUAUUCUUUUUUCCCUUCCAAUUUCUUCUAUUUUUUGGAAUUUUGUGACCUUUUCUUUUUCUCUUUUUUGAAAGAAGCUUUCCAUUUUCUUCCCCUUUUGUAGUCUUUUUGAGAACUCUGUUUUUAAGCUUUUAUAUGGUUGCAGGGUUGGAGUCUUGUAGGAUGAGACCCAAGUGCACAAAUCAGAGAUUAUCACAGCUUUUCAAUUUUUUUUCCCAAUAAGAGGGUGGUUGAACAACUGGGUUUGACUAGAUUUGGAUGUGUUAGUGUUUGUAUUGUAAUUUGUAGGUAUAGUAGCAGUAGAUGGCUUAGUAGAGAAGCUGUGGAAUGAGUAUUUCAAGGAAAUGAAGGAAGGGAAAGACUAACAACUGGUUCUUAUCCACUGGGUCGACGACUUGGAAUCUCUCUCUCUCUCUCUCUCUCUCUAUAAUAUUUGAAAAAUUGAAGGGAAAGAGAGUUCGCCAUUUCUCUCAAAAAUGACACCUGAUACAAGGUCUAACUUCUAAGAGACUCUGAUCAUUCAAACCGUUUGUUUUUCCUCUCUCUCUCUCUCUCUCUCUCUCUCUCUCUCUCUCUCUCUAUAUAUAUAUAUAUAUAUAUAUUCUUUCUCACUGUUCAACACGCGCACCCAGUUUUGAAUAUUUCUACGUUAAUUUUUGCAUUUUUAGCUUUUUACUCCUGUUCUUAGUCCUGAAGGUGCAAUUGCAACAUCUGGAUUCUAGAAUCAGCAUACGAAUUCCUGGUCUCGGUUCUUGACUUUUUUUUUUCUUAUUACUCCUUUAAGGGUUUCCUUGAAAUUGGGCCCAAGACCUGAACCCAAAUUGGUUUUUUGUUUCCUCAGAUAUUCUCCCUUUUAUUUUUCUCUUUUUCACCUGCAAUAUCAGUUUCAGCAAUGAAAAUCUGAUCUGGGUUCUUCCCGAUACACAAAUCCUCCAAAAAUAGGCGCCUAAGUUCUUAGUUUCGACUCAUUUCUCUCUCUUGAAAGUGUGAAUUCGAGGUGUACGUAGAUAUGGGUCUCUGUUUCAGCAAGGAUCCAAAACCAAGAAAACCAAGUGCUAAUGGGUACAGAUCAGGCGGCGGCGGAGGAGGAGGAGGAGGUGGAGGUGUGGCAAGGCAUCAACAGAGACCUCAGCCUCCUGUGAUUCAUCAGCCUAAAGCUCCUCCCCAGCAAACCCACCCAGUACCGGAAAAGCGAUCGGCACCAUCACAUCCUCCUGCCGUUUCCCCAUAUAAGCAAACUUCUCCUUAUGGCCUUGUUCAUGAGCCGGAUACCAUACUAGGAAAGCCACUUGAGUAUUUGAAGUCCCACUACACUCUAGGCAAAGAACUGGGUAGAGGUCAGUUUGGUGUGACUUAUCUCUGCUCAGAGAACUCGACUGGCCACACUUAUGCCUGCAAGUCAAUAUCAAAGAGGAAGCUUGUUAGUAAGAAUGAUAAGGAUGACAUUAAAAGGGAGAUUCAGAUAAUGCAACAUUUAUCUGGGCAGCCUAACAUUGUGGAAUUUAAGGGUUCUUUUGAGGAUAGGCAAUCGGUUCAUGUGGUGAUGGAGCUUUGCGCAGGUGGGGAGCUCUUCGAUCGGAUAAUUGCGAAAGGGCACUACUCUGAGAAGGCAGCUGCUAAUACAUUUAGGUCCAUUGUAAACGUUGUUCAUGUCUGCCAUUUCAUGGGUGUGAUGCAUCGAGAUCUGAAGCCUGAGAAUUUCUUGCUUUCAAGUAAGGGCGAAGGAGCCAAGUUGAAGGCUACUGACUUUGGGUUGUCUGUCUUUAUUGAGGAAGGUAGGGUGUAUCGAGACAUAGUAGGGAGUGCUUACUAUGUUGCUCCUGAAGUUCUGCGGCGUAGUUAUGGGAAGGAAAUAGAUAUUUGGAGUGCAGGAGUUAUCUUGUAUAUUCUACUAAGUGGUGUUCCUCCUUUCUGGGCUGAGACGGAGAAGGAAAUAUUUGAUGCAAUAUUGAAAGGUGAUAUAGACUUUGACAGUGCCCCCUGGCCAUCAAUAUCAAGCGGUGGCAAAGAUCUGAUUAGAAGGAUGCUAACGCAAGACCCCAAAAAGCGGAUUACUUCUGCACAAAUUCUUGAGCACCCAUGGCUGAGAGAAGAUGGAGAAGCGCCUGAUAAACCAAUAGACAAUGCAGUUCUCUCAAGGAUGAAGCAAUUCAGGGCAAUGAAUAAGCUCAAGAAGCUCGCACUAAAGGUGAUUGCAGAAAAUCUUUCUGAAGAAGAAAUUAAAGGGCUGAAGGCAAUGUUUGCAAACAUGGACACAGACAAGAGUGGUACAAUCACUUACGAAGAAUUGAAGACAGGGUUGGCUCGACUUGGAUCAAAGCUUUCAGAAGCCGAAGUUCAGCAACUAAUGGAAGCUGCUGAUGUCGAUGGAGAUGGUUCAAUUGACUAUAUCGAAUUCAUCACGGCUACAAUGCAUAGACACAAGCUCGAACGGGAUGAGCAUCUAUACAAAGCCUUCCAGUAUUUUGAUAAAGAUAGUAGUGGGUUUAUUACGAGAGAUGAAUUGGAAACAGCCAUGAAGGACUACGGAAUGGGUGAUGAAGACAGCAUCAGGGAAAUAAUACAGGAGGUGGACACUGAUAAUGAUGGUAGGAUCAACUAUGAGGAGUUCUGUACAAUGAUGAGAAGUGGGAUGCAGCAGCAACCGAUGAAACUUCACUAGUUCAACUUAUUGGUGGAUAUGUACGUUUGAACAAGUUCAUGAAUUACAUUUAAUUUGAUGACUAUGCAUACGAAAAUAUGAGAGCAGCUCAACAGCCGAACGGUCACAUUGGAGGUCUAAUUUAUGUUGCUGACGUUCAAAGGAUCCUUUUAAAAAUGAUCUUCAACUCAGUUCUUAUCUCUAAUACAGAGGGUCAUUUGCAAUGUCUGUAGUUGGAAAAUGUAGUCUUUGUGCAUAUCUAGUUUCUAGUUCUUUUGUUUUUCGAAGACAUUGUGUUUGUAUUUCUUCAUCAUGCCUUUAACAAGAGGAGAUUUCUUUUUCGGGAUGA